AAGCCACUACCACCAGAAGGCUCAAAUAGGCACAUCAUAGACAUCCUGUGCGGUUUUUUCCUAGCUGCAUUGAGAUACGAGGAGUUACAGGAAUGCAAGGACAAGGAGACCAAGAAGAGUAACGUCAACAUCAACAACCUCUUGACCGAGACCUUUGAGCGCGCAAGAAUCGACAUCCUUCGUGCCCUAAGCGCAGUUCUAUUCGAGAAAGGAGCAUAUGUGAAGGAUGUAAAUCGCUUCAAGACCUAUUCCAGAUGAUCGUUGCUGUAGGAGGAAACACAAGGUCGCACGAAUAUGAACUACGGCGCAUGGCUCUCAACUGUAUGGCCAAUCUGGUGCACAAGACUGGUACAUUAUUCUCAUCAUUCCAUGAACGGAUGUACGAGGUGCUUCUGUCAAACCUCACGGCGAUAUCUCAACUCGAGCCCUCCUCAAUAUCGGGACCACUGAGUACAGCACGGCGCAAGGAUCGUGGAUCAGAACGCAAGCUUAUUAGUUCCGCACUCAGGGCGCUACACUUUCUACUGCAGGAGGACAGAAAUGUUGCGACGCGAUCUAUACCGCCCAUCAUUAGUGUUAUCUGUCGAUUCAUGUUCUUUACAUCCGAAAAUUGGAUCAACCAACCAAUUGCCUCCUCAUUCUCGAGCGCUUUUAACGCCGGCAUUAUCCAGCGAUCGCCCUAUCUCACCCCGAACAACAUUAUACCCUCCACCAAAUUUACAGGCGGUCUCAGCAACACUUCACAGCUACAGGACAUUUCUGAAUCGCCACAUACGUCCUACCGAAGCCUACAAUCGUCGGAUUCUGAAUAUUCCGACUCGGAGUCAGGCCUGCACCAAACUCAAAGGAGGCAACAUGACGGCAAAGUACGACUUAACGCCCUUCUAUGUCUACAAGCCCUCGCACGGGCGGCCCCAAAGCAGCUUCAGCCACACUGGCCAAAAUUUUUGACGAGCUCCACUUUCACACCGAUGAUGGCAGGGACGUAUAGGUCUUCAUCUCUCGUCGGUUUGAUCGCGUAUGAUCCGAUCCUUAGCGUGCGUUCUGCAGCCUGCGUCGUGCUUGGAAACAUCGUAGAGAGCUCAAAGCAGUACCUUGCGAUGGCGGAAGAAAAAACUGGCCUGUCGGGAGCAAAGAGUCAUGCUGGUUUGCUUGCCCUUUCAGAGAGGGUCGGCUUGAUGACAAGAGAGAUGCAUGUUGGUAUGGCCUUGGCCAUGGACGGUGUGGACGGCUCUCUGGACCAAAAUAUCACGAUCCAGGUGAUCAAGUGCUGCUCGACGAUCGUGGCCAACUGCUCGUACGAAAAGAUGAUACCAGGGCUGUCUCUCCUCUUGCUGAGGUCUAUCGAGAAGUUUCUGGACUCUAAUGAGCCUGGUCUCCAGGCAGCAACACUAUUCUUUCUGACAACAUUGAUGAGCAACACUUCUGCGCAAAGAGACGUGCGGGAUAACGUCUUUGCGCGCUCCAGUGUAUUACACAGUGACCCGUUAGAUUUCUUAUCCCGCCUCCUAAUUUUCGUUGAGGCUCCAGAUGUUGGUGCGAUAGUUCGUAUCGAGGGCUGGAGUACGCUACGAGCCAUCGCCCAGUUUCAUUUUGAAGUGAUUAGAGAAGUAUGGCCUCGACUCGAUGAAGCACUAGCGAGCGGACAUAAUUCAGAGGACAUCAGAGUUCGCUCCGCAGGCCUUUUGUUCUUGGAAGAGUAUUCCAAAUCAGGCGUAAAGGCACUAGAUCCUCUGACGUCCGAAUGGUGGAAGGAUGUGAUGGAGAGACAUAUUCUCAAGGCGUUUGCGGAAGAGAGUCCAGCCAUUAAAGCCCUAGGAUGCGACUGCAUCUCGCACCUAUCUUCAAAUGCCUUUAAUGGUCUGCCUGACCGUCUCGAGAUGCUAAUCAUGUCCUUAGUGCUCGGUACGGCAGUAGACGAACAUGCAACUGCGAGAGCUGCAGCCUGCCGUGCAAUCGGAGUGUUCAUCCUGUUUCCCUCGCUCCGUGAAGACAGCACGCAUGCAUCGGACAUGGCAAGCGCUGUUUUGGGCCUCUGCCAGGACCCCAAUCUCAAUGUCCGGGUCAGGGCCAGCUGGGCUGUCGGCAACCUGUGUGAUUCCUUGGUGCUGCUGAAGACUAGUGAACAGGAACGUGUGCUGGAUGAGCUGCUGACACUGGCUCUGUGGACGAAAAUCAUGAAAACUGCAUUGUUGAUAUGUCAAGACCAUGAGAAGCUGAAGUCGAAUGGGAUUCGCGCGAUCGGAGGAUUGCUUCGUGUGACAUUUCAGGGCAUAUUAGAGCGCGAGAGACAUAGCCUAGUCAAGGAUGGCGUGUACACACUAAUCAAGUACAUGGAGCAAGGUUCUCUCAAGGGUCGCUGGAAUGCCUGUUACGCGAUGCAAAAUGUACUACUGAACCCGGACUUUCCGAUUGGGUCGACGGCUGGCACAAGUUAUGCCCUAGAUUCUGAUAUGGUGUCGUGGACAAAAGACGUCUACGACGCGCUUCUACACGCUAUUCAGCAGAGCAAGAAUUUUAAAGUCCGAAUCAACGCGUGCGCAGCCUUGACAGUGCCCAAGACGCGCGCCAAGUAUGGUGACCAGACCAUGCUCCGAAAGAUGGUGCAGGUUCUGAUGACGGCGGUCCAACGUCUGGAUGAGGAGCAGGAAGAACACGACUUUGGAGAAUUCCAGUAUCGUGGGCAGCUCGAGACAAAGAUCUUGCGGUGCUUGGAUCAUUUGCUCCAGCUUACUGGAGGAGUUGCCAGCUUGGAGCUGGAGAUGGAUCCAGCACUGCGGCGGAGGAUUGUGGCUAGUCGUCCAGAGACUGUUGAGGCACAACCGCUGCCGCGGACAUCUGUGGAGAUUGAGACAUAGCCGUCGUAGUUGUCGUCUUAAAUAAAAUGAAAACUUUCCAUGCAUCUCUUUAAGCGUUCGUUGUAAACCAAGGGUC